UCACCAGAUCCCAGAGGCUGAACAGCUCGACCUUCUCUGCAUAGCGGAUGAACCCUGAGCAGCUGAAGACCAGAAAAGCCACUAAAACUUUCUGCUUAAUUCAGGGGCUUAGAGGAUUCUUCAAAGAGUGUGUCCAGCAUCCUUUGAAGCAUGAGUUCUUACCAGGAGAAGCAGACCUUUGCCCCACCACCUCAGCUUCAACAGCACCAGGUGAAACAACCCAGCCAGCCUCCACCUCAGGAACCAUUUUUUCCCAUAACCAAGGAGCCAUGCCACCCAAAGGUUCCACAACCUGGAAACACAAAGAUUCCAGAGCCAGAUUGCACCAAGGUCCCUGAGCCAGGCUGCACCAAGGUCCCUGAGCCAGGCUGCACCAAGGUCCCUGAGCCAGGCUCCACCAAGUUCCCUGAGCCAGGCUCCACCAAGUUCCCUGACCAAGGCUGCAUCGCGUUUCCUGAGCCAGGCGCCAUUAAAAUCCCUGAGCAAGGAUACACCAAAGUUCCUGAGCCAGGCUACACAAAGGUACCAGAGCCACAUCCUUCAGUGGUCACUCCAGGCCCAGCUCAGCAGAAGACCAAGCAGAAGUAAUUUGGUGCACAGACAAGCCCUUGAGAAGCCGACCACCAGAUGCUGGACACCCUCUUGCCAUCUGCUUCUGUGUCUUAAUUGUCUGUAGACCUUGUAAUCAGUACAUUGUCACCCCUAGUCAUAGUCUCUCUCUUAUUUGUACCCUAAAAAUAUGUACUAUGAAGCUUUUGCUUGCACACGCUCUGAAGAAUCCUGUAAGCCCCUGAAUUAAGCAGAAAGUAUUAGUGGCUUUUCUGGUCUUCAGCUGCUCAGGGUUCAUCUGAAGAUUCGAAUGAAAACAAAUGCAUGUUUCCUGCUCUGCCCUCAUUAAAUCGCUUUUAAUUCCA